AUGGCUCUCGUUUCUUCUACCGGUCAACAACUCGUCGCAUCAGGCUUCCCACAGCAAAAUGUGCAGAGAUUCUCUAAUUUGAUGGCUCCAACGAUGCUGUUGCAAGGUCACGAAGGAGAGAUCUACACCGGAGUGUUCAGUCCAGAUGGAACAUGCUUGGCGACUAGUGGAUACGAUCAGAAGAUUUUCUUCUGGAACGUCUAUGGAGAAUGCGAGAACUUCUCGACCAUCAGAGGGCAUUCUGGAGCCAUUAUGGACAUCAAGUUCACCACAGACUCUGGAAUGUUGGCUUCCUGCGGCACUGACAAAAGCAUUCGUCUCUGGGACAUGGAAACUGGCGCCUGCGCUCGUAACUUCAAGACACAUACCGAUUUUGUCAACGCCAUCCAUCCUUCUCGUCGUGGAGUCACUCUUAUCGCUUCUGCCAGUGAUGAUGGAACGUGCCGUGUUCACGAUCUCCGUACCAAGCAACCAGUGAAGACCUAUGUUAACCGCUACCAGCAAACCGCCGUCACAUUCAACGAUACCACCGACCUAGUGAUCUGUGGAGGAAUCGACAACAUGCUCAAGGUGUGGGACAUGCGUCGUGACGAGAUCAGCUACACACUUCCCGGACAUCGUGACACCAUCACUGGACUUUCCUUGUCGCCAAGCGGAAAGUUCAUUGUUUCGAAUUCGAUGGACUGCACUCUCCGUCAGUGGGAUAUUCGUCCAUUUGUGCCAGGAUCGCGUGCCGUUGGAAUGUUCGGAGGACACAAUCACAAUUUUGAGAAGAAUCUUUUGAAGUGUGCGUGGUCGCCAUGCGAGAGAUUUGUGACUGCGGGAUCGUCGGAUCGGUUUGUGUACGUUUGGGAUGUGGCGACCAAGAGGAUCAUGUACAAGCUGCCAGGACACAUGGGAAGCGUCAACUGUACCGAUUUCCAUCCAACCGACUCAAUCUUGCUCUCCGCUGGCAGCGACAAACGUGUAUUCCUUGGAGAAAUCGACAUGAGCUAA